AUGCCGAUAUCUCCUCCACUAAAGGCUCUCCAUAUCCCGUCACCUUCCGUUCUUGUUGACAAACACUCAUGCAAUGUCGCAUAUAAUUACGAAUACGAUCGUCUAUUGACUCAUAAUUAUCUAGACAAACGUCCUAUUCUCCCAUUCUCCGUCAUUAAGAACAGUAGUAUACCGACAAAUAGACCCGACACCGAUUGGCAAGUGGUUAAAGUACUCCAUGGUCCGCUCUGUGUGGCUGGCAAUCACGUUUUGGAACUUGUGCAACUUAAGCGUGUUAAUUUUGGAUUCCGAUGGAGAAAUGGACACGAAAUUGACUCGUCCCCACCAAAUUGUAUCAUGGGACCUCAUUGGCAUUUAAUGCUAACUAUGUGGUCAAUUUUCUUUAUCUUGACGUCUGUUGUCAACGUAUUGACAUUUGAAAAAGCAUCAGUUAUGGAAUUGGUGACAGGUGUUUUUCUGUCGGGCAUGUGCUUGAUUUGCUACGCUUUCGUAGGGUGUACGAACCCUGGUAUUGUCACAAGGAUUGACAUGCCGCCAGAUGAUACGUACACGUACUGUGACCAUUGUGGCUCGUAUCGACCGGAAGGAGCUCUACAUUGUAUGGACUGUCAAGUGUGUAUCGAAGAGUAUGAUCAUCACUGUCCGUGGACGGGCAAGUGUGUGGGCAAAAACAAUGUCCGGUACUUUUACGCAUGGCUGUUGUUUUUAGUGCUAGCAUUCGUCUACGAGAUCAUCGAGUUUACGACGUAUUUGCUGCCACCCGAAGGCCAAGAUAGUCUGGACGACUCGCUCAAGAUCACCUCUUCCAUUGUCACGUCUGCCCCACGUUUGUAA